CGCGGAGUCAGGUGGAGCGGAUGUGAGGAGGCACCGCGCACCUCCGUCACCUCCAGUUAGUCCGGUUCUAAUCUCGGGGAGCAGCAGGAAGGCUAUAGGAGGAUAUAUCGCUGGAACCCGGGAGUGAGAUGUAACGUCAGGUGUGCGGGAGUGAAUUUCCAGGAGCUCAGCUGUGCGCGUUAAAGCACCGAGGAGCCGCCGGAGGAUUCAGAUGAGCUGAGAAGCGCUCCUGAGAGGAGUCGAGGGGAAAAGUCUGGACAGGACUCCCUGCUGAUCUGUGAGCGAUGCUGCCGCUCCUGCUCCUGCCACUUUACUGGUGGAACGUUGAUGGAGCUUCCUGGGGAUCUUCACACACAGCCACCCACAGGGAGGAUGCAUCUCGGCCUCACAUCUAUUACUGCCGCUCUCCGAGCAUGGAGACCUUCACUUGUUGGUGGCAUCCCCUUGACAAUGGUCCCCAAGGAGAUAACGACGUCACCUACAGCCUCGAGUACACCAUCGGUAAUCGGCCUCCGGUCGAGUGUCCUGAUUAUGUGACUGGAGGAGCGAACAGCUGUUACUUCGACACAGAGCACACCAUGAUUUGGGAGGUUUACUGCAUGAACGUGACGGCACAUAGCAGCAGAGGUUCCUUCACCUCUGAUGAGCACUGCCUGGACGUCGCUGAAAUCGUGGAAAUAGACCCGCCUUUUAACCUCACGUACACUCUGAUGAACAUAAGUGAGGAUGAAUCGGGACGAACUGCUCUGGUGUCCUGGCAGUACCCUAUAGCCCAGCAGGUCAACAUCGGGUGGAUCACACUCAUCUACGAGCUUCGCUUCAGAGCCAUGUCUGAACCAAGCGUCUGGAAGGUCAAGGAGCGUCUUCGUGAGCCUCAUUUUGAGCUGUUGGACCUGCCUGCGGGGAGCUAUGAAGUCCAGGUGCACUGUCGAUCAAAGAACAACAACCUGUGGAGCAAGUGGAGCUCACCACUUACCAUUGUUAUUCCUCCCAGAAACCUGCCGGGUACACCUCCCCCACGCUCACACAAACACAUGAACGGCAUAACGUAUACGACUGCAUGUCUGAGCCUGUCUGAUGGUUCAAACGAUCAGGAUUCGGCUGAACUAGCCAACGUCCACUACAUCAGCGUCUCCAGCAUUAUAGUCACGGUCAUGCUCAUCGUCGGGUUUGGGAUUGUUCCACAGAGCAAGAGGAUUAAAGCUUUUCUCCUGCCGCCAGUUCCUAAACCGUGCAUCAGAGGAAUCGACCCCAUGCUUCUGAAGAAAGGCAAGAUGGAGGAGAUUAAUCGUCACUUCUUUUCCCUAUACGGCUACAAAGCUCCUCGCUACUAUGCGGAGUCCCUGCUCCAGGUCAACAUAGACGAAAGUCUGUCAUUAGCUCCUCUGAGCCCCACACCCAGCAUCAAAGACGAGGAGCCCCCAAGCCCUCAGAGCUCCACGUCCCCCGAGCACCAGCAGCUUCUUCAAACCCCUGACAGUCCGUCCCCUUACUGCCAAAACCCACCCUGCAGUAACAAGGAGGUGUCAGUGGCACCCAAGAGCCCGAACAGUCACACGUGGGCGUGGCCAGCAAAAAGCCCCACGCCGCCCGAGCUGGUGUCCUUCCCAGGUAUGGACUACAGCAUGAUCCUCAACCCCGCUCCUGCGAGCACCAGCAUUCCACAGGACUUCUACACCUGCGUGCAGGGGGUCACCGAUGGCGAGAUGGUGCACCUGGUGCCCUGCGUGCCCAAACCGGUCAUCGGCUCUCCCUACUGCGAGCUGAAGAAGGAGUCGGAGGAGGACCCAGAGAAGAGCCGGCAGUUUUAAGCCUUCCUGGAGAUGCAGGUGAAGAGUGAAGAGCAGGAGGAGAAGGAGCAGAGCGAGUACACGCUGCCUUUUCUACCCCAACCCACAGACAGAAGCUAGGCGUCGUGCUAGCUGGCAUCGAUAUAUCCUUUAUGUAAACGCUCGCUGGGUCUGGUGAGCGAACGUAGAUACACUGAGCGCGCAGAAGUAAACCGAGUCUCGUCUUCACCUCGAGAACUAUUCAGCAGAAUUAGAUUUCUUGAUCAGGACACUAAAAACGUUCUCAACCAUAAAGGUCUUACCGUUGGACGUGGUUCUCCAAACUUGUGGUUUUUUAAAUGGGCAAUUUAAUUAAAGGCUAAGAAGAGCUAGCUUGUGAGAGGCCAGACGGUGUCAUUUUAAGACAACCCAAGAUUAAAACAGACCGUUUUACCUUUGAUAGCUGACACAGUUGGUCAGUAUUUGGCUUGGUGUUAACAUGGACACCGCAUGGCAUUACAGCCCUUUUGUAGCUGUAACGUCGCGUCCUACUGUCUAUUCGAGGUUCUGAGAUGCGAAGAGAUGUGAAGAAGGAAGCUUGGUCGUGUUACGUGUUAAAGCGCUUCGUGUUAGAGGAGGCGAGUUCUAGUCUGCUGACCAGCAGAGGUCACCAGAGUGCGCAGACUUCAAGCUACUGUACUAACUAGAAUUCCAAAGUACAGUGGAACCUCGAUUUAACGGACUAAAAGGGGGAGCACUGGUGUGUAAAAUACGAUUGUCUGAAAAAGUGAGGUUUUUUUACCACCAGGGGGUGCAAAAAUAUACGAACACACAGCACUAAGGUCCACAAACAUGCAUGAAUGGGGAGAAAUUAUAUUUAUCGCGUGUGGUGGAAGGGAUGUUUAUUAUUUGUCGUGAUGGUAUAGUGGGGACUCAGAGUAUCUAUUAUUCUGUCUGAAGCACUGCUGGUGGCUACUGGAGCAGUGCUGGUGCAGAACUAAGCAUAAAACACAGAGAAAAAGGCGAAAACAAAGCGAGACUCCUGACAAAAUAAAGCCAAACAAUCAUGUAAACAGGGAGAUGUGCACGGCUAGUGGGAAAUUACUGAAAUACUGGUCUCGAUGCGCUUCUCACGGGGAAUUUUAAACAAUCAGACAGGACAUUCGGUUCUCCAGGUUUUGUCCAUUAAAUCCGUUACAUGGAAGUCCAUUAAAUCAAGGUUCCACUGUACUUUCACUUUUUAGUGCUAAUGUGGCAUACUGAUUAGUACAGUACCAGGAAGUUUGUGACACUGUGACUGCUUCUGACAUGAAAUUUGUUAAACAUCGGCCUGCGAGUUAGUACCUGCGUCUGACAGCACGAUUCUUUUGCUGUAGUAACGUCACGUCGUGUUAAUACUCGCCACAUUCAAAAUAAUGGAAGCACUUAACUUAGCGGUGUGCUCGCUAAAAUUUAUCACCCAGAAAAUUCUUUUAAUAAAUGUAGUGAUGGUUUACAAUCAGUCAGAAGUCUGUAAUGGAUUAAAUGGAAUUUGGAAAGAUAUAAUUACAGCUAAAGCACUAACUGAACCACAAUUACCAACCAUUUCCAGUGGAAAAUUUGUCUCGUUCUGACCAGCUAGUUCCUGGUGUAAACUGGUCCUUUUACGUUGUCCUUAAAUAAACUUUACGCUAACUUAAGUUUCAUCAUGAUAAAUAAUAUUCAUCAGGAUGAAUAUUGAUAAUAUUGAUGAAGAUGAUUUCAAGUCCUGCGUCCUGCACAUGCGCCCAGUUUAGACAAAUGAAUCUGGGACAAAUAAAAGCACUUCAUGUAAAUUAUACUUUAAAUUAUAAAUUAUUAUUGUAUAUAUUUUGCUACAAGUUUUAUGCUGACAUGUCAUAUGCUGACGGACUCGUAUGCACACAUGCAAAGUACAGUCACGUACACACAGAAGGUUCAUGAGCUCUCAGUCAGGUUAAUGUGAACAAUUAGAAGAAUUUCUGCUUUAUCUUCUAAUAAAAUCUAACAAUAAAUACAUUCUGCCUAAAAUAAGAACCCAAACAGUCGUACUUCUCACUCCUUCAUUAUUUCAUUUAACAAACUGAGUAAUGAUCACAGGAACAGAGAGCUCCAGGCUUUAUAGAGCAGAGUUCACAUGAACAGCUGUUUCCUGAGAAAUGCAUAAUCAUUAUUAUUAAUUGGUGCAGCUUUUAAAGAAAUUCUAAUUAAAAUGAAUAUUUGGUUUAUGUGGCUUUUCAGGAACUAUGAAAGAUGUGAAACAAGUAUGUUUUUGUCUUUGUCAUUACAAAAAGCUCUCAGACGUGUUCUUAAAACUUCUGACGAUCACACACACACCAGAUUAUUAUGCUUAACACUUGAAGAAUGUAAAGAUCAACAAUACAAUUCCUGCCUGCUUAAACACAGGAAACGAGCGUGAACCGAGCACCGCAGAGCCUCGCCAUGAUCGAUCAGGCUUUGUUCCUCCUGCUCCUCUUUCCUUUCUGCCAAAUGACAGCGGAAGCUGCUGUUAAUGACUUGCCUUACGAAGCUUGAGGAUCUUAGAACUAUUAACGUACUGAUCACUGCUCACUACUGCAACCGAACCAGAACAAACCCGGCCAGCAUCAGCACACAGAAUGAAACACUGGAACGAGGAGAUCGCAACCCUGAAGACAAUCAGAAAGACAAUGUGAGAGAUGUGAAAGAUUUUAUGUAUGAAACGGGUCCCGGUAGAGACUGCAGGUCACAGAAGAACGUUUCAGAUCACUGUGAUGAUUCUCACAAACUUCUGAUAUUCCUCUGCAAAGCAAGAAUGUAUCACACAAACAUUUUACUGCCAGACGUUGCUGAGAUUAUUAUUAAUAUAAAUCAAUGUUUUUAUUUCUUUAGGUGGAGCAACAUUCAGUCUGGACAGUUUUAUCUUCUGUUUCCAUCAGUACCGGUCCAUUCUUCAUCCAUGUUUAAUGUUUAUAAAUCAGGAUUUCCUGUGGAACUGGUGAUGAACACAUUCUUGAUUUUGAGCCACAUAUGAAGAUGCACAAUAGGGCUGUAUAUUUUUAAUAUGAUAUCAUUUUGAAUACUGAAAUGUUCUAUAUGUGGAAGAAGAGCUUUAGAUGUUUUAUUUAAAGAAUAAUAUAAAUCAUAUUCAUAUAUACAUUUAAUAUUCAAAAUAUUAAAUCAAAUAAAUCAUAAAAAUAUAUAUUGUAAA